AUGGAGCGUCGCGUCACUCGCUCUGCAGCGCGUGCUGCUUUGGUCGGGGAUAUCAGCCACGGAUCAAGCACCUCCAAGGCGCCCAAAUCAAAGAGAGCCAAAGUCAGCGAAUCUGCUACAACCAAGUCUACCGUCAUCAAAUCUUCUUGUCCUAAACCUCAGAACAACAGACCGUUUAAGACAAUUCCGAAGCCACUCGGUUCAGACGAACUGCCUCAUAAUCUCGGAUCUCUGCCGGUCCCACCAGUUGCUAAAGAAAUGUCAAUCGCUGGCUCUGACAAGGAAAACAACCCUGUCAAGAAAGAGAAUGUCGAUAAACUUGCUGUCGAGCUCCAAGACACUGUGGACAAAGCUACAACCAAAGUCGAAGAGACCAAAGCUGAAGCCGCCCCGCCUGCCCGGAAACCCAAGAAGAACACUUACGGCCUGACACCUGGAGAAUCUCCCUUCCCCGAGUGGGCUCAGCCAAGCACGGAGCAAUGCGAAGAAGUCAACCGACUAUUGUCCACCAUCCAUGGCGAGAUCACGCCGCCAAGCACCAUCCCCGAACCGUCCCUGACAGUCACCGGCUGUGGCGAAGUCCCAUCAGUCCUAGAUGCUCUAAUCCGCACUCUCCUAAGCGGCGCAACAACAGGCGCCAACUCCGCUAGAGCCUUCAACGGGCUCGUGCAGCGCUUCGGUGUUCUUUCAGAGGGCAUCGGCAAAGGAAGCGUAAAUUGGGAGGCUGUACGACAAGCCACAGUGAAAGACGUCUUCGAAGCAAUCAAAAGCGGCGGUCUAGCAGAUAUCAAAAGCAAGAAUCUCAAACGGAUCCUGGAUAUUGUCCAUGAAGACAACCAAACACGCCGGAAUGACCUCCUAACCACUGAAACUAAAGACACAACAAGCUCCAAACUAGUCCCAGACGAACUCGAAAAAGAAAAAGCCUACGAAAUCGCCUGCGCCGACCAAAAUGUCCUCUCCCUCAACCACCUCCACACUCUAACCUCGGAACAAGCAAUGACAGAACUAGUAAAAUACCCCGGCAUCGGCCCAAAAACGGCAGCCUGCGUAAUCCUCUUCUGUCUCCAACGCCCCUGCUUCGCAGUCGACACGCACAUCUUCCGAAUCUGCAAAUGGCUCGGCUGGGUCCCGCCACGCGCAAACGAGGUCACGGCUUUUAGUCACCUGGAAGUGCGAAUCCCUGAUCAUCUCAAGUACUCGCUGCACCAGUUAUUCAUUCGGCAUGGGAAGACUUGUUCGCGGUGUCGGGCUAUUACUGGUGCUUCUAGUGCCGGUUGGGGGGAUGGGUGUGUGAUUGAUCAUUUGGUUACGAGGACUGGGAAGCGGAAGGGGUUGGUUGUUGCUGCUCUGAAGGGGAAGGGGAAGGGUAAUGGGAAGGCUAGGAAGCGAAAGAAGGAGGAGUCGGAGGAUGACAUGGAGAGUGAGAGUCUAAGCGACAUUAAGAGUGACCUGUCUGAUCUGAGUGAUGAUUGA